ACUCAUGUGGUAAUCAAUGAAACAUUAUCUAGUGUCAGUGUUUCACUUCACUAGUAUUGUUGUCUUUGAAGAUGAUGAUGUUGGAUUCACAACAGCAUCAAUGUUUCUAUUCCAUGUUUUUCUUCUUCUUAGUUGUUCUUGUUAGUUCAGUUAAUGGAGUUACAGUGCCUGAAACAGUGCAUUUGGAUACUGGAGGGUUGAGUAGAGAUGUUUUUCCUAAGGGGUUUGUGUUUGGAGUUGCAACUUCUGCUUAUCAAGUAGAGGGUAUGGCUAGCAAAGAGGGUCGUGGCCCUAGUAUUUGGGAUGUUUUCAUCAAAAAACCCGGGAUUGUCGCAAAUAAUGGCACAGGAGAAGUUUCUGUUGAUCAAUAUCAUCGCUACAAAGAAGAUAUAGAUCUCAUCGCAAAGCUAAAUUUUGAUCAAUACCGGUUCUCAAUCUCAUGGUCCAGAAUUUUUCCAAAUGGAACUGGCAAAGUAAAUUGGAAAGGUGUAGCGUACUACAACAGAUUGAUCGAUUACUUGCUAGAAAAGGGCAUUACUCCUUACGCAAAUCUCUACCAUUAUGACCUUCCUUUAGCUCUUGAGUUGAAAUACAACGGUUUAUUGAGCCGUAAUGUUGUAAAAGAUUUUGCGGAUUAUGCAGAUUUUUGUUUUAAGACAUUUGGAGACAGAGUUAAGAAUUGGAUGACCUUCAAUGAACCAAGAGUUGUUGCUGCACUUGGUUAUGAUAAUGGCUUUUUUGCCCCUGGAAGAUGUUCAAAAGAAUAUGGAAAUUGUACAGCUGGAAAUUCAGGAACUGAGCCUUAUACUGUAGCUCACAAUUUGAUAUUGUCACAUGCUGCUGCUGCUCAAAGAUAUAGAGAGAAAUACCAGGAAAAGCAAAAGGGUAGGAUUGGAAUUUUGUUGGAUUUUGUUUGGUAUGAGCCUCUUACAAGAUCAAAGGCUGAUAACUAUGCUGCUCAAAGAGCUAGAGACUUUCAUAUUGGAUGGUUCAUUCAUCCCCUUGUUUAUGGUGAGUAUCCAAGAACUAUGCAAAAUAUUGUUGGGAAUAGACUCCCAAAGUUUACUAAGGAGGAAGUGAAACUUGUGAAGGGCUCAAUUGAUUUUGUUGGUAUCAAUCAAUAUACUACUUACUACAUGUAUGAUCCUCAUAACCAAAAACCAAAAGUCCCUGGCUAUCAAUCGGAUUGGAAUGCAGGGUUUGCUUAUGCUAAGAAUGGAGUGCCUGUUGGACCAAGAGCAUAUUCAUACUGGCUUUACAAUGUACCAUGGGGUCUGUACAAAUCAAUAAUGUACAUCAAGGAGCAUUAUAAAAACCCAACUAUGUUCUUAUCUGAAAAUGGCAUGGAUGAUCCUGGUAAUGUAACAUUUUCCAAGGGUUUGCAUGACACAACAAGAAUAAACUAUUACAAAGGGUAUUUGACUCAACUAAAGAAAGCUAUAGAUGAUGGAGCAAAUGUGUUUGGAUACCAUGCUUGGUCAUUGCUUGAUAACUUUGAAUGGAGAUUAGGGUACACAUCAAGGUUUGGUAUUGUCUAUGUUGACUUCAAAACUCUCAAGAGAACCCCUAAGAUGUCUGCAUAUUGGUUCAAGCAGCUACUUACCAAAAAGAAGUAAAUUGUUGAGCUAAAAAUAUGGUUCUUAAGUUUCUAAUUGUGGUAGUGAAUAAUGUUGUGGUUUUGGAUAAAAAGGCCUCUUUUUGGUCUCUACAAAUGUAAUCAUGCGACUUGAUUAGUGCAAGUCUUGGAAUAAAGUUAUCUUUUAAAUAAA